AUCAGUUUGUGAAUAAAACCUGUCGCGAUGGUGCGGUUUCCAUAUACCAUAUUAGUGGCCCUCUUCAUCCUCUCUGGCCAGCCCCAGAGAGCGAUGGCAGGGUGCUCGAUUACCACCACUUCCAAUCCUCCCGUCGUGACCACCACUUUCGGAUCGAAGCUACUUCUGUCCGAAUCCGCCGGCACAUACGAACGAGAAAAUGGCGAAGAAUUUAAUCUGUUUUGCGACAGUGGAUUUGAUUUGAAAUAUAGAUAUUCAUACAAUGGAUACGAUAGUGAACAUACUAUAGAUGGCCCUGAAACUACGCUGAAAUGUCAAUCAAAUGGAUUCAUUGUAAAUGGUGAAAGAGCUACUGAUAUAAUAGUUGGGUGCAAGAGCAGAGUAUCUCAAAUGUUUGAGAGUCGUAUCAGCUUACCGAACUGUAGCAACUUCAUGACCCUCGUCCUGGGCUACAACUUUCAGGACAAGGGCUCGAUUAAGAACGCAGCCAUGUGCUAUGACAUUCUGGAGGCUGAGCUGAAGCACAUCAGCUAUACUACAUUCUCCUCCAGGAAGCGUAUAAUCGAUGAGAGCCAACCCGGCCAACUGAACGAUCUGGGACUCGACAUUAGUGUGGCUUAUCGGAAAAAUCUAGUUAAGAACUUCGGUGAGGCUGAUAUUGGAGCGUAUCUGGAAAAGGAGAGGGACCUGUCCGAACUGUUCGGCAACGGAAUAUUUGAAUACCGAAGCCUGGUGCAGGACGAGUCGGCUGGAAGGUCUCUGAUCGGCUACGAGGACAUGUUGAACAUAAUCUGGCUGAAAAAUCUGCGAACUGGUAGCUGGAAGCUCUGGCUCAACGCCCUGCGAGCGGCCACAGAGGCUGGAACCCAGUUCGACAUUCGACUUGGCGUCUCCGGAAUCUUGCAUCUGCCGCGGACUUCGGCGAAUCCGUGCAGGAAUUACACCGAAUUCCUGGUGAUUGAACCAAAAACACCUGGUAGCGGCUCCGUUCCAGUACCCGCCUACAUUUGGGCCCACGUCCAAGCCCUCAAGCCCACCGGUGGCCAGGACGAGUUCGUACUCAUUGGCCACAAUUCCCCCUUCAGUGUCAAUGCCACCGAAGUUUGCCCAUCGAUGUGCCAUCGCGUCUCCUGGUUGAAGGACUCGCUGUUCGCCAGACUUCGUGAGUUCCCGGCGUACGGAUUGGUCCAGUGCUGCCACGUGAAGGACGUGGCCCACAAGCUGGACAACUUCCCGGGAGCCUUCGUCGCUGAGACGGCUAAUUCCAUCCCGGAUGCCGCCUCCUCCACUCCCGCUCCAGCUCCUGUCUCAGACUCAGUGGUUGCCUACGUCGGCGAGGGCGGGCUAUAAGCCUUAGUGCUUGCUCCGAGAAACUGCUUCCUACAGUUUCCUCAAACUACAAUUCACUCUUAUCAGUGCAACUUUGUAUGUCAGCUUUUUAAAUAAAAGCAAGCACCGCAGAAA